AUGGAGGUUGACACAGAGACUUCCCCGAGCUAUCUUGACCCCGAAGAUCUCGAUAUCAGAGAGCGUUUUCGUCGCUACGGGAAAAGGCAGUCAGCUUCAAGACUUUCCCCUCUCCAAGAAAAUUCAGCUUCCAAGUUCAGUGAAAUCAGGUCAAAUGCUGCGCUGUUCCUGGAAGAUAUCAAACAAGAGGUCGAGAGCCUUGACGCGGAUUGUCCAGGAGGAACACCUGCAAAGGCACAAUCUGCUGUCCGGAGAAGAUCAUCAGUUGGCAUUCGUGGGAUAUCAGAUGCAGAUGUUGGUGCUGAUUCAAUCUGUCGAGCUGAAGGUUAUCCGCUAAAAGCUUGCAAGCAUGAGGAUGACAUGUCGGUGGAUAGUGGAGACACAACCUUUACAUUAUUUGCUUCUUUGCUCGAUUCUGCUCUACAAGGUGCUUGA